CCCUUAAACUUGUCUUCCACUCUAUAAUUUUAUCUACCCUAGGCCUCAUAAUAUUCUCUCUGAUCUCAAUAAUGCCUAAAUCUAGUCUUCCAUAUCUAUCUUGCUUUGUGAUAAUAUUUGUUAUUAGUCGUUUAAUGUCAAUCAUAAGUGUUAAGCACAGGCCAUGGACUGACUUACUCCCUUGUGAACUAUUCUCUCUAGAUAUUGCUUCUAAACUAAGUCUCAACAAAUCUUCUCUUGCCAUUGCUUCAACUGAUUUUGGUAACUUAGUUCAUGUAACUCCGGCCGCCGUAUUAUACCCUUCAUCCAUAGAAGACAUAAUCUCCAUAGUCAAAUUCUCAUAUAACCAUUCCUUGCCCUUUAAGGUAGCGGCUCGAGGUCGAGGUCAUUCAUGUAGGGGACAAGCCAUGGUAGAAAAUGGUGUUGUCAUAGAUAUGACCUCUUUGAAUAGGUUUAAGCUUAAGAAUAUUAGUUAUAAUAAUAAUUAUCAUCAAUAUUAUGAUAAUAGUAGGAUUAGGGUUUCCUAUGAUGCUUUAUUAGGGUUUUAUGCUGAUGUUGGUGGAGAGCAGCUAUGGAUUGAUGUGUUACAUGCAACACUAGAUCAUGGAGUUGCUCCAGUUUCCUGGACCGACUAUCUAUACCUUACUGUUGGCGGAACCCUUUCUAACGCUGGAAUUAGUGGCCAAUCUUUUCGUUACGGUCCUCAAAUUACCAAUGUUCAUGAAUUGGAUGUUGUUACUGGAAAAGGAGAGCUAAUUACAUGCUCGAAAAAGAUAAAUUCAGAGUUGUUUAAUGCAGUUUUAGGUGGUCUUGGACAAUUUGGAAUUAUUACUAGAGCAAGAAUUAAAUUAAAGGCAGCACCAAAAAGGGUGAAAUGGGUCCGGAUGCUCUAUGAUAAUUAUUCAACAUUUACAAGAGAUCAAGAGCACCUAAUCUCACUUUAUGGAAAUUACCAAGACUUAAUCGACGUCAACGAUGGUCUAGAUUAUGUUGAAGGGUCUCUUAUUAUGCACAAUGUUGAUCCCAACAACUGGAGAUCCUCUUUUUUUACACCAAAUGAUCAAGACAGAAUUGCUUCUUUAAAUUCCCCAAAUGGUAUCCUUUACUUCUUAGAAGUGGCCAAGUAUUAUUAUCAUGAUGAUGACGCCAAUGACACCAACAUAGAUAAGGAAGUUGAGAAGCAACUCAAAGGGCUAAACUUUAUUCCGGGAUAUAUUUUCACACAGGAAGUAUCCUUUGUAGAGUUUCUGAAUCGAGUCCGAAAAGGAGAGCUAGAGCUUGAAUCAAAAGGGCUAUGGGAUGUUCCACAUCCAUGGCUCAAUAUGUUCAUACCAAGAUCUCAGAUUGACGAUUUUCAAUAUGUUUUUGCUAACAUUAUUGCCAAGGAUAGCAAGGGCUUAGAAGGACCAAUUCUCUUUUAUCCAUUCAACCGUAACAAGUGGGAUGACAAGAUGUCUGCGGUUACACCAGAAGAAGAUGUGUUCUAUACUCUAGGGUUGCUGCAUUCAAGUGGUUUGGAUGACUGGGAUGUGUUGGAACACAAAAAUGAGGAGAUAAUAAAUUAUUGUAACGAGAAUGGUAUUCAAAUUAAGCAGUAUCUUCCUCGUUAUACUACUACUGAAGAAUGGAAAACUCACUUCGGCUCCAAAUGGAGAAUUUUUCAGCAUAGAAAGAAUUUAUUUGAUCCAAAGUUGAUAUUGUCACCUGGACAAAACAUUUUUAAGUAAAUCAUCAAGAUCGAGGAAGAUUUACAUUGUUAUAAGACUUCCUAUAGCUAGAAAUUAGUAGUAAACCGUAACAGAUAGCAUAAAUGUUAUAGUUUGGCAUUAUAAGUUGUAACUUAUUUUUAGUCUUGUGUAUUGUGUAAUGAAAUAAUGUUGGUAGAGUAAUAUUAUAUACUUCCGUUGUUUUUGUAAGUAGUUGCAACAUUUUCGACUUUCA